AUGGCUGGCGUCUCCAAGAAGAGAACCAGUGCUAAACAGGAGACAAAAGCCGCCGAGCCUGACUCCAGGCCACCAUCGUCGGGCAAGCCCCUGGUGUGGGCAACAAGCCGCGGCGGUCUGUGUGAAGCAGUGCCAUACUUCAAAUCCUUUAAAUCCAGCCUUUACACCAACAAAGGGGUAGCCUAUGGGUUUCUGAUUGACCAUGAGACAGAUGGAGGGGAUGCUUUUGAUGCACAGGUCAUCAUCACCACGGUGGGCGGUGGCCGUGUCAGAGACUCAGAGACUGGUGCCAUGGUUCGGGUGAAUGAUGCGUCCGACACAACCCCUGGCAUCAAAUCACUCAUGAACAGUCACCACAGCAAAACUCUCAUGGCUGUCAUUGCUGGCGAGGGAAACCCCCUUUAUCAGUGCCGUCCUCCCUAUCCUUACGCAGUGCUUGGGUGGUUUCACAUCACCGACUUGUGGAAGGAAAGGCAAAUGCCCAAGGGUGGUAGCAAAGCCGUUACAAUCUGGCGCAUUCGCUUUGAGAAAGCCGACCUUUCAGAGCCCUCUUGGUGGUUUCCUGAGGGCGAGUGCACCACGGUGCCCAGCAUCCCUAUCAACAAAGAAUUCAAGGCACCAGUUGUGACCUGUGCGAAAUGCAGCAAGCCAAGCAAAGAGAUCUUCGCGACUGGUUGGUUUUGCUUGAACCACGAGUGCGAGCACUAUUGGGUGUUCCCUACAGGUGCCGCAGUCGACACCAAGGGACUCGCGUACAGCGAAGCUUUCCUGAAUGAGCGUACCCCUCUCCUUGGUGAGAUCCCGCCCAUCAGGCCCCCGAUCCCCGACACUGCUGGACUUCAUGGCACAGAGCUUGCUCUCCGCCGAGGCUUUGUCUGCCCAGACUGUGGCUGCUGCAACCGCCGGGUCUAUUGGAACCGCUGGGUCUGCGACAACAAGGAGUGCCAAUACACCCGCGAUGCUCCGAUGCUUCCGUAUCCGGCCGACCUUCUUGAGCAGGAGAAUGCCAAGUUCGACAACCACAUGGGCAGGAGAAGGGCCACCUACGGUGUGAACGAGAACACCCUCGACGAGGACUCUUACAUCUUUGAUCCGUUUGCCACCAUCUACCAGCGGGGCUAUCUGCAGUUCUCGCUGACUCUCAAAAUUGGGGGUUUUGAGGUCCGCCAGUACUUCCUCCCGGAUUCCCAAGGCCGUGUGCUUGGUUCUUUCAGCAUCUUCUCGGCCAGCAAAGGAGUGAACAGCAAGCCAAAUGGCCCCGAUGACCUCUUCAGGACCCUUGAACUCACCGACAUCGGCCUGCGUCGGAACCCCGCUGCCCAAUUUGGUCAUAAGCUUGAAGGAUACACUAGGCAUUUCCAACAGAACUUUGGCGCCCGGUACAAGUUCGGUGUCUCAGUUCAGUCGAAGGGUUUUAAUGAGGCCCCCGACGUGAUUCUUCGUGCCCUUCAUCGCUUGAUCUGGGCAAAGAAGGUUGCUGUGGAGAACUCCAACGCCUUCAUUGGUACACUGGAUCCGAAAUUCGUUCGAUCCAAUGCCCUCGUGCCCAACAGCGGCGACUUCAACGAGCUUCUGGCGCUUGGGUACAUGGAGGACGACAAGAUCAAUUACCACGACGACGGGGAGAGCGAGCUUGGCCCCGUUGUUGCUGCCCUGUCGCUGGGUUCCCCUUCCACGAUGCGUUUCCGACCCAAGCGCAAGACGCAGUUCUUUCUCCCCACUCAGCAAGAUAGAGGAAAGGCCUGCUAUAAAGAGGUCCUGGAGGUUCCCAUGAAGCAUGGCGACAUGAUGGUCAUGGUCGGAACAGAGAUUCAGAAGGUCUACGAGCACACUGUCGAUCCGUACGGCAUGCGGCGUUUCUCGCUCACGGCCCGCUACAUCGAUCCUGAGCGGAUGACUUUGCAGGCCGACCGGGAUGAUGCUGCCGUGAAGGGUGCAAUUCCCAAGCAUGCCGAAGCUUUCGUCUAUGACGGUUACUGAAGCUGCCGACGCUUGAGACCAGCAACUCCAAGGUCACGACACACCGCCCUCAUUCUGUCCGGCGGCAACAGCAUUUCGAAGUGCACCUCAAACUAUAUGAGGACCACACACGUUCUGCGAUUCCCUCGUCUCAUUUCACACCUUCAUAUUCUGCACAGCACACAUUUUCUCAAGGGGCUUGAGCUCCUGAUAUACGGCCUUCUUGGAGGAAUCUGAUGUGGGCGAACUCAGAUAUGGACGGGACAUUUGCUUUGCUUCUAGCACGACGUAUAUGUCAUUAACGCAGCAUCUAUGUCGUCCAAGGAUGGGCAAGGACAUUUUCGGUUUCUUCGGUUUCCCAACAUAUAAAACAGAACCACUCGGGGUUUCUUUCUGGUAGCAUGGAUCGCCAACAUUUGGGUUGGCACGGUGCUCUCUAUAGGGUGCCAACUCGGAGGACGCACCCUUCUCUGCUUCACUUCACUAUCUCCUACCCUUUAACAUACAUAGGGCAC